AUCAUUUCACUGACAUUAAUGGAGUAUGUUUACCUUGAAUGGUAAGAUUUUAUAAAUAGGGCUUCCAUGAUUUGGGAUGUGAAUGCUAAAACUUAUACGUAAGUUAAUUAGAUGUGUAAUUUGGUUAAGUCUUUUCUAAAAUGAUACCACCAGAAAAUUAAUAGAUUAAUUUUUUGAGACAAUCAUUGGUCUGGAUUGGUUAAUAAAAACUGUCUUAAGAGGUUUUCUUUUCAAAUAUUUCUGGUGUAUUAAUCAUACUUGUUUUUGUGGAAUGGGGGUAAACCACACCAUUAAAAGAAUAAAAUGUAAUUUGGAAAGAGGUAAUUAUAAGAUUUGUUUCAGGCCCCAAAAUAUAAAUAAAGAUUGGUGUGGAAUUUCAGUGUAUAUGUUUCCUGCCCUUGUAAAAUGUCUUUUUAAAAAAGCAUCUGUUUCUAAUGGUAUAACACAAUAGGUGAACUUUCCAAACAUCAUCUUUUUUUUAAUGUCUGAGUUAUUUUGUUUCUUCAAAGGAAGACAUGAAGUAUAAAUAGUAUUUUUAAUUUAUUGAAGUUUCUAAAAUGUGCAAAGUAUGGUUUAGUGGAAAUAGUAUUAGAUUCAUUGGAUUGUCCUGCCUCUGCUGUUUGAUAUAUUUUGGGCAAAUCACUUAAUCACAGUGGAACUCAGUUUCUUCAGCUGUAUAACGGUGGAAUUAGAUUAUCUCUAAGGUCUUAAGUUCUUCAGUUUUAAGUAGAAUUUGGUUGUAAUGUCUAAACCUUAUAUGAGAAAAUGGGCUUAAAAUAACUUAAUAGCCCUUAAAAUAACUCAUGUGUGAUGAGUUACAUUGAUACCAUGAAGGUUUACUAGGUGUCAUCCAUAGAGUUUUCCUAUAAAAACAUAAAUCUGCCACAUUCUGAUUGUGGUAAUGUUAAGAUAAAAUUAUCUUAAGUUUCCAAUUUAUUGAAUAUAUGGAAUUUUGUAAAUACAAAAAUUUACCAGUUAAACCUAAGUGGAUGUAGUAGUGUUAUCAUUUCAAAGAGGUAAAACUGUGUUAGCUAUAAGGGAGCACUUAACCCUUAACUUUAAUGAAAAAAGUUUAUAUAAAAUUGAAUUUCAAAGUAUUAAAUAGAUUUUUAGUUUUAUAUCAAAAUAAACUGUAGACCCUGUAACACGUUUAUAGGUCAGACCAUGGGGAUGAUCUGAGAAAUAUCUCACAACAGCCAUACAUCGCAUUAUAGCUGCUGUUCCUCCAGUACAACUUGGGUUUAAGUGUCAUUGAAAGAGCCUUUUAUUGAUAUUUGUAGAGAAAAGUACUGCAAGCUAGUUUUGCUUUUCUGAGCCAAACUAGUGGGUAUUUAAGAGGCUUUUGUUUCCUAUUGGUAUUAAGGCAAAUCACUGAUUGCCUUUGUUGUUGAACUGAAAAUGUAGUGGAGAGGCUCUGAAGCCCAGUGAGGGGAAUCAUUCAGAGAAAGUACAUGUAAAUCAAGCUCUUAGAACUUUAAUCAUACUUGCACUUUGCUUUUUCCUGGGAUCUGUCACUCCAGCAGAUAUAACACAUGCUAAAUGUUCUUUUGUGCAGAGCUUUCUGCCUUCAGUUGGAGAGAUGGUCAUGCAUCUUGAGGAGCUCUGAAGACAACUUGAAAAAUCUGCAACCACUCUUAGGAGGAGGUCAAUAUUUUACUAAGAAGCCAUAAGGGAAAGACCAUUACUGAGCAGUAAAUUUGACUAAUUCAAAGAACCCUUUACCAGUCUGAUCCUGCCUGUUAAAAAUGUAUAAUGAUUUUGUCUUUGAUGUUGGACAUUUAUCAUUGUUUGUACCCAAGGAAAGGCUGUUACACAUUUAGAAGUAAAAUGUUAGGUUGCCUGUUCUAACCCUUAAGUGAAGUUUGCCUAGCCUGAGUGAUUAACAGUUUCCUGCUAUGUAAUGUGUGCCCUGUCGGGAACAUUAUCAGGUCACUCACAGAAAACCAACUUUCAAUAUAGACUUCUGGCCCUCUGACAUUUGAGUGCCUUGAAAUGGGAAACAAUUCUCUUAGGGAAGAAGUGCUUCGGAUCUUUUGUAAUUAUAAGUUUCGGUCAGUGUCUUACAGGAGUGUCCUUGGGAGACGUCUGUUAAAUAUGAAAUAAUUAGAGCUAUACAGGAAUAAAAGCUAGAUCACAUAGCUUGAAAUGGUAUCAUUACUGAUGGCUACUUUGAGGUGGUCAUACAGGAAUGGGCGUAAUGGAGGAUCUUGAAGUUAGUGUAUGACAACAGAAACAUUCUAUAGUUUAACUGCAUGCACAAUUUGACAUGUUGAGCGUUAAGAGUAACUACAGUCACACAUCUGUAACACCCAUCACUGCGGCCAUGAUUCGUUUGGCUCUCGGAACCUUUCUGUAGGGGAUCAUUUGCGGGAGGGACCGGAAGAGGUGGAGCCUUUGUCACGAUGUUGGGAGGCCGCAAGCUGAGCACCUCCGGGAGUCGGUUUUUAGGAGCGCAUAGGUCGGCGUUCCGGGGCACACAGGCUGACUGUCCUCGCUUAACGACGUCGGCGGCUUAUUCAAAAAAUCAGCUCAGUUGGACUCUACAAAUUAAACCAUCGGUUUUCAGUGAAUACAGAAUCAUGUGUUUCAAAUCCUAUAGCAUGACUUUUGCGUGCCUGAAUAGGAUGAAAAGUUACAGACUCCCUUGGACAAGACUGUACAGUACUUCCCGGACCACUGUAGACAGCAGUGAGGUGAAGACCUUCCUGGCCUUGGCGCACAGGUGGUGGGACGAGCAAGGAGUAUAUGCACCUCUUCACUCUAUGAAUGACCUGAGGGUGCCGUUCAUUAGAGACAAUCUUUUAAAAACAGUUGCUGAUCACCAGCCAGGAAAACCUUUGUCUGGGAUGAAGAUUCUUGAUGUUGGCUGUGGUGGUGGAUUGUUAACGGAGCCUCUAGGGCGGCUUGGGGCUUCAGUUAUUGGAAUUGAUCCUGUGGAUGAGAACAUUAAAACAGCACAGCACCAUAAAUCAUUUGACCCAGUCCUGGAUAAGCGGAUAGAGUACAGAGCGUGUUCCCUGGAAAAGAUUGUGGAAGAAACUGCAGAAACAUUUGAUGCUGUUGUAGCUUCUGAAGUUGUAGAACAUGUGCUUGAUCUAGAAAUGUUUAUACAGUGCUGCUGUCAAGUGUUAAAACCUGGUGGUUCUUUAUUCAUUACUACAAUCAACAAAACACAGCUGUCCUAUGCCUUGGGAAUUGUAUUUUCAGAGCAGAUUGCAGGUAUUGUACCAAAAGGUACUCAUACAUGGGAGAAGUUUGUUUCACCUGAAAAGCUAGAGAGCAUUCUGGAAUCAAACGGUCUGUCAGUUCAAACUGUGGCAGGAAUGCUCUACAACCCCUUCUCAGGUUACUGGCGUUGGAGUGAAAACACCAGCCUUAAUUAUGCAGCUCAUGCCCUGAAAUCCAGCAUGCAGAAACACCCAGCUCCUGCCGAGUUUGCUUUAAAGGAGGAAACAGAAGAGCUCCGCAUUGAAACCUCCACCAACUCAGGUGUGCAUGAAGCGCUGAAGAAAUGAAUUGUUUCUAAGGACUGUAGUAAAAUGGCUUGAAAGUCUGAUGUUUACAAAUACACAAAAUAUACCAUUUGUCUUUUGAGACAGGAUCAUAAAGAAAAGAAAGUCAAAUAGAAAGGGCUAAAACCUUAGAUAAAAACUCUUGUUGUUUCAUCUAAUAGCUACCUUCAAGGAAUUAGUCUAUGUGAUCUAGGAGUUUAAGUUUCUCAGCCUUUGUUAUAUAAAUAGGGUAUACAUAUUUCACUUCAUCUUACAGAUUAUAUAUUUUUCCCGCAUGUAUGCACAUACAUAUAUACUGUAAUGUUUUAAUUUAAGUAAAUUUGUAUCAUCUAGGUUCUUCUUUAUUUGGUUUUAGUUAAAGGCAGUUAUGCUUCUCACUGGUUUUAUUUUAUACCACUUAUAUUUAGGAAGAUAAAAUGUCUUUUUUCCUUUAAAUUUUGGUUUUUGGAAAGCAAAUUGAUUGUUAAAUAUAUACUGGGUUUGGUCAAACAUUAGAAUCAAGAAAUUCAGAUUAUGUUGGACAUUUUUCUCUGUACAGUUCUAUAAAUGUUUUGUGGUGCCUUUUUUAAGUAGAAAAGAUUUUUGAACUCAAUUUAAGAGUUUAGUUAUGGAAAUUUUCUUUUUCGGCUAACAUUUUGUAAUUAGAGGGACUGACUUGAAAUAUACUUUCACUCCUCUUGAA